UAUAAAAAGUGUGGAAGGCGCGCGCGGCUCAAACACUCCACACACAUCGAAUCAUGUACGCGUAUCUCGCGCUCCUCGCUGCGCUUUUGGCGGCCGCACUCGCAGCGAACCCGCGGGACCGCCUCGGAUACGAGAGAGAAAUAGACGCUACAAGAUACAAACAAGUGGCUAAAUUUCAAGAUUUUAUCCUCAACGAAGACUAUAUAAACAAACAGAAAACCAAAGCGAAACUUAUAACAAAACUUAGACCUGAAGACGCGCUAGCAGCUGACAAUGUCAUUUUAGAAUCCAAUGUAGUGAAAAUCGUGCGACCGCUUAGGAAAUUAGAAAAUGGAGAGUUAGUGAGGCAAAGGCGUGGAUACAAUUUAGAGAAUGUGAAUGUGCCAGCGAGGUAUCCGUAUCUCCCAGUGCCGCGUUAUAAUAGAUUUCGUCGCUGGGGCUAUUGGCCGUAAAACAAGUGCCGCGCCACCAAAUGUCAAGGAUGCAGUAAAGUUAUUCAAACGUAGGACCCGUUGCGCCUCCAGCGCAUCUCCAAUGUUUGCGUGUACACACCCUUAAGACUAGUUCUGUUGUUUAUAUAAAGUGGCUGUGAUCGAA